AUGUCGUAUGCAAAACGUGACCCGAAUAACCCACCAAAUUACUAUUAUAAUUUAAAUAAAAAACAACAACAAAAUUGGAUGAAAACGGCAAAGAAAAUGAACAAGAACGAAGAUCUUCAAGCCAAAUACCCGCCAUUCAAAUCAUCAUCAAGUAUCACCAUCAUUCACAUCCACCACAAAUCAACAAUCGAUACGCUAAAUGACCUCAUCACAUUAGCACAUCGAACAAGUCGUUACACAGUGGACACCGAAUCGGAACGAAAUAAAAUAAACAAUGAUGCACUUAUACAAAUCCAAUUCUUACACUCGACCGAUGCAUCAACGAUUAUAUUAAUUGAAACAGCACAUUUACCUAAUCCACAAACAACACUAUACACCAAAAUUAAAGAACUCUGGUACACCAUUUUCAACAACAACAACAAAGUCAUCACUUGGGGAACGGUGGAAAACGAAUUUAAUAAUUUUCACCACCUCGACUUCAUCGAUUUAGGUAAUCCCUUUCAACAUAUUAAUUUACAAUCUUUCUUUAAGGAAUGGCACGAUACACACUGUGUAACGCAUCCAGAAAUGGAAAAGCGUGAUAAACACACCGGACCAGUAUCACCCAAUAUGGUUGAUAUGUCUGGUGAUGAUAGUGAUGAUGAUAUGGACGAUGGAAAAUUAAAUGAUUAUGUACAAUAUAAAUGUGACCACAUAACUCAUUACGAUUACAAUGCAACCUGGUCAUUACAAGAUGCGAUAGCAACAACUUUUAAUAAAUUUUUGGACAAAUCGCAAACAAUUAAUUUAUGGCAAUGUGGCAUUGAUCUAGAAUUAGAUACAUGGAAGAAUAAAUUGUUUAGUCGACCACAAUACAACAAACAUAUUGAACAACAACAACGAAUAAAAAUGAAACAAUACGCUAUAGAUGAUUGUAUUGCAGUCGCAGAAUUAUUCUUAUACAUGUGUCCCGCAACAACAAACCAUCAUCAACUACAUGACGUAUCACAACAUGCAUCAACAAAAACAAUUACAUUAACAACAACGACAACAACAACAAAAACGACCCGACGAACCAUACUUGAUCUCUGCGAUGAUUUAUCUGACAUCAGCGAAGACGAAUUAAUUCAAAUUCUUAAACCAAAAUUUGACAAGAAAAAAGAAGAAAAUGUACAUCAACCACAUGAUCCACCAGUCGAAUUAAUUAUAACAACAACCGAAAAUGAAAUUAAUGAAUUAAUUCCAACCCAACAACCACCCCCAAACACAUCAACAACAUUAACAUUAACCAGAAACGAACGACAACGACGGAAAAAUCGAAAACUUAAAUGGAAACAAAAACAUCGACCCGAUUUCCAACGAAAAAUUAAAAGACCGAUUUAUCAUCGCUAUGAUUAUCGAAAGAUCCGAUCUCAAUUAGCUGAUGACGAUAUACACACAAGUCAUCAAAUAACGAUCAAUAAAGAAAAAGGUGAAGUUCUGAUCGGGUUCAAAUCCAAAGAAGAAGAAGAAAAAGCUCGAAACAAAAUAAAAAUAAAUAAUUUCUCCAGAACACAAUACAUCGAACGAUGGGGUUCCAUCUACACGUCGAACAUCUUCAAUGCGUUUUCUCUGUCAUCUCCAUCAUUACUUAAUCGAUUUCGUUCUUUAUCAACGUGUCAUUUUCCUCAAUCUCGUCGUAAUUCACAUCUAUGUUCCAAUCUUCGAUCACAUCACGUUCGAUAUUCAUCGCCAACAACGAUAACUUUAUUUCGUACAAAAUCAAUUUUACCAUCUAUUGUUGAAGAAGAAUCAACUAUCGAUGAUCGAUCACCAUCACCAACCACAUCAACAUCUCAGUUAUCAUGUACAAUAGUUGAUGCACGACGGUCAACAGCGAACUCAUGUAAUGUUGAAGAACUGGCUGCUUAUCUUGACAAUUUCCUUUAUUUACCGAAAUCAUUAUCUGGUGCCGCUGAGCUUAUGUAUAUGUUACAGUUGACUUGGGAAUUUAGUUGA